AUGUUGCAUGUUUGGGUUGAAUGUAAUGAUGUGUUGGAGAAUGUAGAAUAUGCAAGAGCACACAACACAGAUCAUCAAUCAAGAGUGUUGCUUGAAGCUGCUUCAAUGAUGGUCGAAACCAGGUUUGCGCUUAUGAUAGUGGACAGUGCAACUGCUCUUUAUCGAACUAUUCUGGUAGAGGUGAACAAUCAUCCGGAUGCAUCUUGUAAAGUUCUUGAGGAGCCUUCAGAACUGCAUGUGGUGAUCACUAAUCAAGUUGUGGCCCAAGUAGAUGGUUCAAGCACGUUUGCAGGGCCUCAAAUUAAACUAAUUUGUGGCAACAUCAUGACUCAUGCUUCUACAACAAGGCUAGCUUUAAGGAAAGGAAGGGGGAAGAACGAAUUUGCAAAGUGA